GGUAUAAUUGACUCUUCAGAAAAAGCAGAAGUAAAGAGAAAGUUACAGUUUGGGAUCAGUUCAUCUUUGCAUGCUGGAGUCAAAUGAGCAGCACUGUGGCUAGCCCAAUGUCAACCGUUGCCUCUUCAAGCAGUGGAAGAAAAUCAACGAGCUUUACGCCAGAAUUGCAAAGUAUGAUGUUCUCUUUAGGUGAUGCUCGCAGGCCACUCCAUGAAACUGCAAUACUGGUGGAAGAUAUUGUCCACACUCAGCUGAUAAAUUUGUUGCAGCAAGCAGCUGAAGUUUCUCAACUGAGAGGAGCUCGAGUAAUCUCUGCUGAAGAUCUCCUGUUCUUAAUGCGCAAAGAUAAGAAGAAACUUAGAAGGCUACUUAAGUACAUGUUUUUUCGAGACUACAAAUCUAAAAUUGUCAAAGGAAUUGAAGAAGAUGACCUCCUAGAAGACAAAUUCAACAGUAAUAACACCAACAAACGGCAGAAGCUUGCUCAAGACUUUCUCAACUCCAUUGACCAGACUGGAGAGCUCUUGGCCAUGUUUGAAGAUGAUGAGAUUGAUGAUGUCAAGCAAGAGCGAAUGGAGAGAGCAGAAAGACAAACACGAAUGAUGGACUCGGUCCAGUAUGCAGAAUUUUGUGAAAGUCGGCAAUUGAGUUUUUCAAAGAAAGCCUCCAAGUUUCGUGACUGGUUGGACUGUAGCAGUAUGGAAAUUAAGCCAAAUGCAGUUGCAAUGGAGAUUUUGGCAUAUUUAGCAUAUGAGACUGUGGCACAGUUGGUGGACUUGGCCCUUUUGGUUAAACAGGACAUGACUCCCAAGGCUGGUGACCCAUUCAGUCAUGCCAUAUCUGCCACCUUCAUACAGUAUCACAAUUCUACUGAGCCACAUCUUUUAGGGCAAUCUACAAGUGUGAAGACCAGUCUUGACUCUCCUGAAAACACACCACCACCUACACCCACACCUCCAGCAUCAGCAGGACAGCAACAUCUUGGAAAAACCCCAUCAGGAGCCCUGGGGAAUGGUGGAAUUGGACAAGACUCUGCCAAAUCCAAACAACGGAAAAGAAAAAAGAGCACUGCAGCCUGUGGUAUAGAGGCUCAAAGCGAUGCCAUCCAGCCCAGCCACAUCAGAGAGGCCAUUCGACGUUAUGGCCACAAGAUUGGCCCCCUUUCCCCAUUCACAAGUGCCUACCGCAGAAACGGGAUGACUUUUCUCGCUUGCUAAUAUGGAUGUGGCUGCAGCAACAGGAAAGGCAGUGUUAUAUUAAGGUGAUUUUCUUUUCCCCUCCAUCGAAGGAAAAAAAAUACAAGCUCCAAUGUCUCCAUGUACCAGUGAGUGGGCUGGUUUGUUGUGACUAUCUGCUGGCUGACUCUGUCUCUUUUUCCAGCCCCCUCAAUUGUUAUUCUUGUUUACUAGCUGGAACAUUUAGCUAAUUAAUGGCAGGAUGUUUGGGAUAGAGUGUAGGUGGACAAAAAUGCAGAUCAGACAAUGCUGAAGUUUGCAGGGGACUUGCUGCUGUCAGCCUCUUCCUGAAAUGAGUUGUCAUUUUUAUUUAAGUGUUUGGAAGUCUGUAUGUUCUCCUGGAGAUGUUUGUUUUGUAAAGCAGGAUGAGGCAGAAAAAAGCCGGAGAUAGACUGGGUUAUAAAGGUUUGUAUAGGUCAUACAAAGGUUAUACAGGUUUUCCUUGUCAUUUUUACAAAAAGAAAAAGUGUAUGCCACUAUUUCCCCUUGACUUCUCACAACUAAUGUUUAAGUGUUCAUACAGGGAACCCCAGUUUAAUCCAGUGAGGGGCUUUUUGAUGAGAGUAAUUGCGAGUUCAGAUCCAAAAAUGCUCAAAAAAAGAGUUCAGAUAAACUGUACUUUACCAGUUACAGACCUGCCUUUUUGCAGUCCCAAGAACAGGCUAGAUAGUCACCCCCAUAUAGUACUUGCAUCUCUAUUUUUAUUCCGUUCCUCUCCUAGGGCUUGAGCUAUCAUUCUUGGAAAUCAAGGAAAGCCUUUGCAGUGACAUGCCACUGGAUUGGGCCCCUCUUCAGAAAAAUAUGUUCUAAAGUAUUGAAAUAUCUGUGUCUGUCUCAGUGGUUCUAGGCAAAGGCUUAAUGUUAUGUCCUUGCUCAGCAUUUGCUGCAGGAAGAAGAUGUUGUCUCUGUUGUUGAAAAAGGUAACAUUACUGUUGGGUUUGGUUAAAGAAGAAACAGGCUCAAAUGGCCUUUUUUAUAUUUUAGCUCACGUAGUUUGUUUUCAGAUUUAUUUUUUAAAUCUCAGUCCUUCCCUCUAUGCUUCUUCUCAUCCCCUGCUCCUUCAGCCUCUGCUGGCCUCACAAACACAUUCGUUUCUUCCCAUAAAAACUGAACAAAUAUAGAGCUAACCACGAUGAUGCUUUACCAGAGAAAAUGGCUCAUGCUUCAGCCCGUCAUCAGAUUCUGCAGACAUGUAGUGCUUGUGUCCCUGCGAUACCCCCUCAGCCCUGGGGUCUGCUUGAGCCACUCUUAGCCCAGGCUUUAAAAUCCAACUUAAACCUCAAAUUAAGACAGAGCACUCAAGGGAUCAAGAGGAGCUCAGCAAAACAUUACUUUUAUAUAGUGCAGCCGUCCCCCUCUUUUGUGCUUAGUACGUGAGGUCUUAACUUUUACUCCCACUUUAUGCUCUUGUGGUCAUUUGUAAGUGGUUUUGCUGCCCUGUUUUCCUGGACCUUUAAAAAAAGUACAUAUAUUUUUAAAUAAACAGAAAAAUAUCUCUUCUCUUUGCAACCAAAAUAUUGUAGAAGUGAACUUUGUACAUCAAAUGUUACUGCCGUUCAUAAAUUGUGGGGUUUCCUUUUCUUUUACCUGCUCAUGCUUCUGUUUUCUGGAAUUAAUCUGUGUGUAAAGGACUAAAAGU